AAUCAAAAUAAGGGAAGCCCAAGGUAGAGAGAGAGGCACAUUUGAUAUGCAGGAAGUGGGAGCGCCAUCUCAUGGUGAUUAGUUGGGGCAGUUCCAUGGCUAGAUUUAUGGCACGCAGCUGUUGAACGCCUGACAGACAUCCGAGGCAAGGGAUCCACUGCUGCUACCCCUUUUACUGCUGCUUCAGAAGAGCUCUGUUUGCUACUGGAGAGGGAGCUCGUUGUCUCAGCACACAAAGCAGAUGGUGAGGGAGCAGUAUGUCAACACCACCCAGGACAGCAGUGUCCCUGCCCCGGUCCCUGACUCAAUCUAUAAGAUCGGGAUCUACGGUUGGAGGAAGCGCUGCCUCUACCUGUUUGUCCUGCUGCUCAUUAUCAUCCUCACUGUGAACUUUGCCCUUACCAUAUGGAUCCUCCGGGUCAUGUGGUUUAACACGGAAGGGAUGGGACACCUAAAAGUAACAUCGGACGGAGUGAGGCUUGAGGACGGCGAGUCAGAGUUCCUCUUUCCUCUCUACGCCCAAGAGAUCCACUCCAGAGAGGACUCCUCUCUCUUGGUGAACUCGUCUGAAAACGUCACCCUCAAUGCCCGCAAUGAAAAUAAUGAUGUCACAGGAAGUCUCUCUGUAGGUCCAGAUGUGGCCCAGGGAAAUGCACAGAAUUUUAUCAUCAGCUCCAACACCAAGACGCUGUUUUCUGCAGAUGACAAAGAGGUGGUUGUUGGGACAGACAAGCUCCGUGUCACAGGUCUAGAAGGUGCCCUGUUUGAACACUCUGUAGAGACGCCCCUGCUCAAAGCUGAGCCCUUCAAAGACUUGAGGCUGGAGUCUCCAACCCGCUCUCUCAGCAUGGAUGCACCAAAGGGAGUCUUUGUCAAAGCACUGGCCGGGAACAUCGAGGCUGCAUCUAACAUGGAUUUUCUAUUGCACUCCAGUGAAGGACUGGUGAUUCUGGAUGCCGAGACAGUGCGUCUGCCUAAUCUCCCCCUGGGACAAGGAGGUGUGUCUGGAAACGCUCAGGUACUCUACGAAGUGUGUGUUUGUCCCAGCGGAAAGCUGUUCCUGUCCAAGGCCGGGGUCACCUCCACGUGCAGCGAAAGCCAAGAGUGCUAGUGAGCGUCUUUGGCAUCAGAUUAUACCCUGGUAAAUGAAAAUGCCUUUAUAUUGGGUACUCUGAAACACUUUCAUAUGAAUCCUCAAAAAGGCAAAACCACAACUUAACAAAACUGCCAGUUAAACUGCAGACAUAUCCUCCUAAGUAAUUAUUUCAUGGUGCAUGGUUAAAUUUGAGACCAUUUUACUAUGUAACUGAAACAGUGACAUGACAACUUUAUACCACAAUAAGCAGUAUAGUUGUUGAUACCAUCUUAUGUUUACACUGAGUUGAGAUUGUUUAUUUUAUAAUUAUGGUAUUAUGGCUGGGCAAUAAGGAGCUGGUUAACAGAUUACAUCCUAUGCAAUAUGUUUUUUUUAUAUGCAAUAAUAUAGGACUUUGUGUGGGCCCAGUUUCCUGGACCCAGAUGAAGCCUUGUCUGCAAUGGAGAAUCUCCCAUUGAAAGUGAUUUUUAGUGUAGGCUUAAUCGGGGGCUGGGAAACCGGCCCGUAGUGUAUUAAUAUGUUGUGCAUAUGAGCAGAAAAGCAUUAUAUGAUCUAGUCUGUAGAUAAGCUGAGUAUACCAAACAUUAGGAACACCUUCCUAAUAUUUUUGAUACACACAGGAAACUGUUGAGUGUGGAAAAACCCAGCAGCGUUGCAGUACUUGAAACGAACCAGUGCGCUUGCCACCUACUACCAUACCCCGUUCAAAGGCACUUUUAAUUAUGUUGUCUUGCCUAUUGACGCUCUGAAUGGCACACAUACACAAUCCUUACCUCAAUUGUCUCAAAGCUUAAAAAUCCUUCUUUAACCUGUAUUCCCCCUUCAUCUACACUGAUUUAAAGUGGAUUUGACAUCAAUAAGAGGUCAAUAGCUUUCCUCUGGAUUCACCUGGUCAGUUUGUCAUGAAAAGAGCAAGUGUUCUUAUUGUUUUGUAUACUAAGUGUAUAAUAUAGUUAGUACAAAUACAACCUAGUUAUUGUCUAAGAAAUAGAGUAGAAAAUAGAGGUACAGUUGAAUGUGUUUGUUACACAUUCAUUAUGCAACAUUGAGCAAUCUGAUACAUCUGAUCCUGUUGCUCGAGAUUUUAAAAGUUACUGUUUUCCCAAGUACUUAAUUUCAUCUCACAGUUCACCAGCUGCCACUGUUUGUUUUUUUUCAUUUAUGCAUUUACUGUGUGAAAUGUUUUUAUAUUGGGGUUUCGAGUAUAGUCAAACUAAUCAGUAUUAUAAGUAAUAACUUUGUAAUAAUGGGAAAUUAAAGGGAUAGUGCAACAUUUUGGCAACUUUUUCUACUUACCCAGUCAGAUGCACUCAUGGAUACGAUUUGGAUGUGUCUGCUGCAGUUUGAAGGAAGUCGAAGGUACUUUCUGGAGCCAUUGCUAACGAGUGCAAUGACUGGAAGUGUACAGGAACAGCAAGCAUGCAUUUUCAACACUCUCUCAAAUGUUCUAUAUUUUGUUUAUCAAUACAUCAUUGUGUUUCUAUCUUCUGUCUUGGUAUAGGCUCUGAAAUGAAAUAGGCUAUGUCGCACUCCUAAUACGAUUGCACUGCAAUACUGUAGCCUACCCAUAGCCUACUGUCACAUACUAUCAAGGCUACCGGUCUAUUCACUUUCGAGCAUGCUUGGCUAUUUAAUUAGCGAUUGAUAAAUGGUAGCCUACUAUUUGUUGUAUAGCGAGAAUAAUUUAAAUCAGUUAUGUCAGAAAAGGAGACAUCCUGCAAUAUGAUUAUGAUUUAGGCCUAUAUAAUAAAAGUCAAAUAAAUAUUAGACAGCAUGCUGCGAUCUCCUUACCAAUGGCAAAUGCAACUGUUUUAUCAUUAGGCCUACAUUUGAAUGUUUUUUAUUUCCCUACCAUUAUAAUUCCUGCGCAUCAAACACCUCCCAUUUUCCCCAAACAAACAAUAAGCCUAUUUGUUGCAAUACAGUUGAUCAACCUUUGAAGAGUUGCGCACACACAUGGUUUGGGAUUUGCGUGGAGAUAUGCACACUUUCCUGUCAUGUUCACAAUUGAUAAAUACCAACCUUUGCAGAAAAAGUGGCAUACGCAAGGUUUAGAGUAUUUUUUUGUGCACACACACCUUUGAUAAAUGAGGCCCCUGUAGCCUGUGUUCUACUACUUUUGGGAAUAUUUAUUGUACAUUUAGAUUUGAUCAAAAAUGUUAGCUUGUUAGUUAUAUUGUCACCACUUUGACUCUGACAUAGAUUCUAAUGCAUUACUGUUCACUGUUAACCCAUGUUUUAUGUGCGUUUGCUUGUACUUGUACAGCACGGUAUGAAAGUUAAUAUUGUGAAGUUGACGAUGUUUUGAUAAAUUGUGGAACGUGUGCCAGGUUUUGUAUGUUUGAAUAAAACAUUUGUGCUAUUCUUGUAAAAAGCUACUGUCUUUAACAUAAUAAAAUGUAUACCAUUGUUUGAAA